AUGCCAACGGUGGCGAAGGAGUCCGCAAAGGCUCUUCGUGAUCUAAUCGAUUAUACUUCAAGCCAUUUAAGGAUAUUGAAGGUUCUAGGUUCGCCUACUGAGGCGUGGAAUGAGCUCGUCAUGCAUAUGAUGGAAGCGAGAUUCGAUGUGAGAAUUCUUCGAGCUUGGGAGGAGGAGUUGGAAAGAAAAGAAGAGGCAAGUUUGGACGAUAUGUUGCAGUUUUUGAGGAGGAGAUGCCAAACCUUGGAGCGUAUUGAGUCGAGGUCAGUCGAUAAGAUGGAGAAAUCCUCCAAGGGAUCUGCCAAUACUGGUUUGAAAUCACAAUCCUCAGCUAGGGGUGUUGCAAAACAAAGAACGGCUUCUUUGACCACCUCUCUAAACUCAGAUUUGCCAGUCCCUGACCGAAUCAAGGAGUUCAGACGAUUAAAGUUGUGCCUGAACUGCUUAAAAAACGACCACUUCGCAAGGACCUGCAGAAUGGGUAGAUGCAAGGAAUGUGGGGAGAGGCACAAUACUCUCUGCCACCUAUCGCAGGACAACAGGGUCACUGCGAACCCAGAGGUCCCGGAGCAUGGCAGCGGGACAAGUAACGAGACAAUUAACAAGGUGGUAGUUCACGCCUCAAACCACACAAACGGGCGUCGAAUACUUAUGGCCACAGCGAUAGUGGAGGCAGCGCAACGCAAUGGAUCGCAUGUGGAGAUACGCGUGCUUCUUGACAGCGCGAGCGAAGCUAAUUUUAUUACUCAGGCAGCUCAUAACAGGUUAGGUCUAAAGCGAAGUCGAGUAUCCGAGAUCGUUACCGGUUUAAACGAAAUAGAGAACAGGGUGAGUAGCGUUUGCGAGGUUCAAGUCAAGUCGAGAUGUUCCAACUUCAGAAUUAACGCUCAAUGCUUGAUUGUACCCAGAAUCACUAAAAACUUGCCAUCCUCAGAGAUGGAUUCUGGCGGGAUACACUUGCCCAGCAAUCUCACUCUGGCCGACUUGGGGUUUUGCAAGACGGGCCCAAUAGAUAUGCUAAUUGGCGCUGAGUUCUUUUUCGAUUUAAUGGAGCCGGGAAAAAUAGAACUUGAAAAGGGGCAAUUGAUCUUGCAGAACACCAAACUCGGAUGGAUAGUAGCAGGAGUAAUGCCAUCAAUUGCACUAGGAGAUCUGACUUGCAAUCAAGGCACGGUGAGCUCGCUAACUUGUUCGUUGAAGUCUAGCGAAGCUUUAAGCGAGAGCCUAGAAAAGUUUUGGAGGUUGGAAAAUUACGACGUUCCCGAUGCCCGAGUACUAUCGAUGGAUGAAAAGAAAUGCGAACAACAUUUUGAACAAACUACUACGCGAGCAAGCGACGGUAGAUUUAUCGUAAGACUGCCGUUUCGAGACAAAGAUUUACCCAUCGGUAGUAACAGGAAAAUAGCGCUUAGGAGACUCAAUCAUGUGGAGCGUGCAUUUAAGGGCAACUUGACAUAUCGCGAUCGCUAUGCUCAGUUCAUGUUUGAAUAUGUCAAGUUAGGCCAUAUGUCAAUUGUAAGCGAUCCCGUUAGCGAUCCCGAGAAUACAGUUUACUUGCCUCAUCAUGGGGUAUUUAAGGAAUCUAGUACUAGUACAAAACUACGCGUUGUAUUUGAUGCAUCGGCGAAAAAUAACGUAGGCGUGUCAUUGAACGACGCUCUCCAUAUUGGACCGGUGUUAGUUCAUCCUGAUGACAGAGAUUUCCAACGCAUUCUAUGGCGAUUUUCCUUAGACGAACCAGUAGGGGAGUAUCGUUUAAAUACCGUUACUUACGGCCAGGGUUGUGCGACGUACCUGGCCGUGCGAUGUCUUAGACAAUUGGCAAUGGAACAAUUAGAGAAAUAUCCACUUGCAUCGUCCGCAAUACUCAAUGAUACUUACGUCGAUGAUAUAAUUUCUGGAGCGGACACAGUCGAUGCGGCUCGUGCUCUGCAGGAGCAAUUGUCGAGUUUGUUGCGUGAGGGGGGAUUCGAGGCGCAUAAAUGGUGUUCUAAUUCGGAAAGCGUAUUAACAGAAAUACCAAUGAAUUUGCGCGAGUCGGGUUCAAAUUUAAAUAUUGACACGAAUGACACCACUAGCGCCUUGGGUCUCGAAUGGAAUCCUGCUUCAGACGAGUUCCUCUUUAAAGUACAAAUGGUGGGUGGCGUAUCCACAAAGCGUAGGAUGUUGUUGGCGAUCAGCAAGCUGUUCGAUCCUCUGGGAUUGAUAGUCUUGGACGGAUGGAAGAGGUUCCAAGAAAAUUUAAAGGAAGCUAAUGCACUACGAGUACCUCGAGUAAUUGCUAGUUCUUUGAGAGAUAAUCGGUUUUUCGUACAAGGCUUUUGUGAUGCGUCUGAAAAGGCGUACGGUGCAUGCAUCUACUUGCAAUCUGUGAAUAGAAAUGAUGGCAGGACAACAGUCGAAUUGUUAUGUUCUAAGGCGAGAGUAGCUCCUUUAAAGAAAACGUCUAUUCCUAGAUUGGAAUUGUGUAGUGCGUUAUUGUUAUCGAAAUUAAUUGAUAAGGUCAAACGAGCGAUGCGAAUAAGAGUCGACGGAAUUUCUGCAUGGUCCGAUUCCAUGGUUGUACUUUAUUGGCUUCAUGGGGAUGUAUCGAGAUGGAAGUCCUUUGUGUCGAAUCGCGUAUCGGAUAUCAUCGAGAUUUUACCUGCAAUUCACUGGAACCAUGUCAAGGGUCUGGAAAAUCCAGCUGACUUGAUUUCAAGAGGAGCCACACCUGCUCAACUCAAGGAUAGCCAUCUAUGGUGGAAUGGUCCAGAAUGGCUGGCCGUUCCUUCCCAUUCACCAGAUCCAGAGAAAUCUGAAUGGGAGUUCAUCGAGGAUGAUAUCUCCAGCGCUAAAGAGGAGAUGAGAAGGGAGAGACAAGUCUGCCAUUUGAGCGUACAACAGCCGUCAUCACCGAGCGAGAUAAUCCACAAGCUGGUCGAGGAUUGUUCAACGCUAACAAAAAUCGAGAGAUCUUUGGCUUAUUGCCUUAGAUUCAUCUCCAACUGCCGCAAGAAAAAGGAAGACAGAAUUCUAUCCAGGUUAACAUUGCCAGAGUUGGAAGAAGCAUGGUGUGAAAUAAUCAAAUAUUCACAACAGGUGUACUUCAAGGAAGAUCUGAGGAAUCUACAAGGCAAUAAAGGACUGAGCAGAGCGAGUCGUCUGCAUCAGUUGCAUGCCUUCCUCGACAAAAAUGGUGUCCUCAGGGUGGGCGGCCGACUUCAGGAAACUCCAUGGAGUUUUGAUAGGAAACAUCCAAUUUUGCUGCCAGCGAAAUGCAAGAUUACACAUCUAAUGAUUGAAAGAGGACAUCGCGCGCUACUGCAUGCCAGUCCUCAACUACUAUUGGCAUCAAUUCGACAGCAAUAUUGGCCAUUGAAUGCUAGAAAUUUGGUACGACGAAUCUGCCAUUCGUGUGUCUGGUGUGCUAGAAAUAAUCCGAGAGGCGCCAAACGAGAAUUGGAGGAGCUCUACUCCUUCGUCCGGAAUUCCAUAAAUGGAGCAGUUGGUGACGCUUUGCUCGACGAUGAUAUCGAGUGGACCUUCAUUCCCCCUCACUCACCUCACCUGGGAGGCCUAUGGGAAGCCGGGGUGAAGUCCUGCAAAUACCACCUGAAGCGCGUGAUGGGCAAUACCUUGUUGACCUUCGAAGAGUUGACCACGCUUCUAGUACAGAUCGAGGCGUGCCUAAAUUCUAGACCAUUGUCACCCUUGUCUCCGGAUCCAUCAGACUUGCAGCCCUUAACUCCAGGACAUUUUUUAAUAGGGGGACCGUUGACCAGCCUUCCUGAGAUCAGCCUGUCGGACGUAAGGUCCAAUCGCCUUGACAGAUGGGAGCUGAUACAGCGUUCCCUUCAGGACUUUUGGAAGCGGUGGGCGGCUGAGUACGUGGCCAAUCUGCAGAGCCGCGUCAAGUGGAAAACGGAGCAGAAUAAUUUAAAAGUCAAUGAUCUCGUGCUACUUAGGGAUGACAAUAUUCAGCCUUUGAAGUGGAGAAUGGGGCGUGUUAUAGAGACUCACACCGGGAAGGACGGAUUGGUGCGUAUCGUGACGGUGCGAACGUCUUCCGGCGCUACUAAACGUGCAGUCUCAAAACUUUGCAAAUUACCUGUGAACGAUUAG